AUGUCACUACGAUCCGACUCGGUGUAUCGGGUCGAUAUCAGCAAGUCAUCACCAUCUCAGGACGACUCUGAACGAAAAAAUGGAUCACCACCGAAAGUACUUCAGAUCCGUUUGACGGAGCCAGCCCUUCGCCAGCUGGCAGCCGCCUGCUCGAGCACCGAAGGGGGCCUUGGAAGCAUCCGAAUUGAUGUUGAUCCGACCGAUCCGCUCCUGGUCAUCGGCGAUGCCGAGUUCCCCCUCCACGCACCUCUGCCUGCCGGUGGAUCUCAGGCUUCCAGGGCAUCGAGUCAGCGCGAGGUGGCGUCUACUUCUUCGGCACCGCACGAACUUUAUAAGCUCUCGAAAGACGAAUCAACACUGCACGGAUUAGGGACCAUCAGCACCAAAUUCACUGUCAAACCUACGCGCGAUGUUUCGGCAGUCGCGCAGCGUCUCAAGCAGCAGAAGGAGGAGGAAGAACAUCGCAAGGAAGAAAGACGGAGGGCAUUGAUGCAAGGCACAUCUCCGCACUCGUCUAAUCCUGCAGCAUCGUCGAGAUCUGGCGUCAGCAAGACGCUUUCCGGUGUGAGAGCUUCGAGUGGAUCGCCAUCUCUCGUAGCAUCGCCACUAUCAAGAUCAAGCAGCUUGAACAGGAUUCCUGGGCGGCGCGAGACAAAUUUGUUCCCGCCUUCGAGCUUGUCCCGCGAUGUCAGUCGUGAACGUCCCAACGCGGGAUCUUCUUUGGCGGAUCGUGAAAGACAAAUAGGUGCAUCAUAUAGUGCUGCAUUAGCCAGACGAAGUGAUAGAGCUGUCACCGCCUCGCCGCAGAUUUCCGGAACCAGUCGAAGGCAGAACAAUCCCGUCAACAUCGAGGAGGAUGGGCAGCUUCCUUCCGACGAGGAUCGAUCCGAGAGAACGAGACAGCUCUCAUCUCCUGCUUCAGCCGCAUCGGACGCUGCUUCGAAGAAGACUCCGAAGCUCACAACACGCCAACGCCUCGCAAAAGCCACCAAAGCUGGAAGUCGUCUUCUCGCUGCUUCUGAGCGUCAUGCUACACCGGAGAGGCGUACGACACCAGCAGCUAAUCACAUUUCUCCGCCAUCACAGCGUGGAAGCCUGAACAAUACCCCAAAAGCGAAUAGCAGCGGAUCAUCGACGGAGACGCCGGCCUGGUCACCAACGAGAUCGAGGGCAGAGGAGAAGAUCUCGUCUGUGUCCCCUCGCCGCGAAGCUCUGGACAAGUCGACGGUACACGACUCGACAGGUCAGGAUCGAGGUCGAAAGACUUCAUCUGCUCUGACCUCCGCUGCAACUACGGUCAGGGACAAACCCUUGCUGGUAUCCGAGAGCUCAUCAGCGUCUUUCAAUGCUCGUAAUCUGGAUGGACACGAGCGCAAGUCUGCUUCGUCCGCGACGAACCCGCGGUCAGCUGCAGCUUCUUUGACAGGAACCACGUCAACGGACUCUAACAAGGCAAUACGCCCUACUGCGCUCGUUGAAGAUGGACGUUCUAGUACACCGAACAGCAAGACUAUGGCGGACAGCAGAGAGCCAAGGACGACCAUGAAGUCCGCUUCUUCUUCCGCGGUGCAGGUCGUGACUAUGAAGAAAGCCAGGCCGUCAAAUAUAAGCGACUCCAACACUACUGCGUCGCGAGUUUUUACAUCCUCUACACCCUCCAAACGCCCACAGCCCGAACCUUCUCCUGACCGUCCUGAAUGGGCAGACAGACCGGCACUAGAGCACAGGUCGAAUGAUCACAGUCUCAAGAAUACUUCCUCGCCCUCGCCUUCGAAACCUACAAGCACACGAGAGCUUCAAGACGGAUCCUCUGACCUGCUCCCACGCAAGCGUCGUCGGACCGACGACUUCACAUCCUCCGAUUCGGCCUCCCGCCAUCGCGAACGGCGAUCCUCGACCUCAUCCAGUGCCAACAACGGUCACGCAAACGAAAGUCCAAGCUUGCGUGAAUCAGGUCAAGAAGACACUGGAAGCGGACCUGCCCUACCUCGUGCCAACAUUCCGGUCUCAGCAUCCAUGCCGUCGUUCGCACCGACAUCGAACAAGCUGCACACUGUUGCAGAACAUCGAGAGACCAGGCUGCAUGGAGGCGAGUAUCGCGAUCGUCGACGGGAGCGAGCGUACGACGAAUGGCAAGAUGAAGAGGACAAGGAUAGAGACAGCGGGCGGAGAUCGCUCGAGGCUGCUUCGCAGGCUUCUACGUCGACCCCUUCGAGCAAGUCUCAUCCUGAGCGGCCGAUCCGAGGUGUCGGACCCGGUGCGACUCACUGGUCGGAGCCAUGGUUGGACGUCCGAUCCAAGUCGGACUGGCAUCGACUGGCACAACGCUUCGCAAAGACGCAAGAAGAGUAUCUGAUGGUGCGACAUCGGCUUGAAGUGGAAAGCGAGAGGUUGGACAGGGAGAUGCAGCUUGUGGAGAAGGAAGAGCAGUCGACGAGGGAUGGAGCAGCGGCGGAGCAGAGUUUGUUGUUUUCUCCACACCAGAUUUCUGUCGUGGAUGCCGACGGCGAGGAUGUAGUGAUGGGGGAGGUGGACAAGGAGACUGCGAUCAACACGUCGAUGAACGCUAGAGGACACGGUAAGGUCAAGGUGGAGGACGGGGAUGAGUCGCCGGAAGAAGGGGAAAUGGUUUCAGAUGACGAAGGUGCUGUGGGUACGAGGGAACGGGCCAGUGUGAACGCGGCUUCUUCUCUUGAUGGAUCCUCAGCGGGGCAGCAGGGGAGGAGCGAGAGUCCAGACGGUCUGGCUUGGCGUUCCGGUUCGAUGGUCAAAUCGGGCGGAGGGGGAGAAGAUAGACCGCUGACUUAUGCUGAUCUGGCGGAGAGGGUGAAGGAGGUAGGCGAGAUGCACGGGAGCCUGAGUAGGAUGCAUCGCGUGUUGGUCGAGUUCAAGGGCAAGACUGACGCUGUCAGGUAG